UACUUUAUGUGAUCCCCAUCUAAACUUGUUAUCCCUAUUUUCCUACUGAUUUGGCCAUGGGAAUUGUUAGUAGUGCAGAUACGCGACGAAUUAGUUUUGACAAUGAUCUAGCAGAGACUCCAGCUUUAAGCAUUCAAAAUUCUAUAAGUGAUGAGGUUGAUGAUGUCCUACGUAUGGAAUCUAUUGAGACUGAUAGUGAUCUAAAGUUUAAAGAUGAAAUAAAAGGCAUACAAGAAGGAGGGGAUAACGAUUACUGGAAUCGGAGACUGGAAGCUCUCAAAAAAGAGCAUCAAUUAAUUAACAAAAUUGUUGAAUCAGAAUAUGAAAAAACGGUGGAAAACGCUAAAAAAUACUACGAACCACGUACCACUUUAACGAUCGAGAAAAUAAAGAAAGUAAAACCUUGCCUGGACUGUCGACUAAAAAUCAUGCAAUGUUAUGAAGAGAAUCCACAUCAGCCACUUGUAUGUUCAGAAGUUGUUCAAGCUUUUACAGAGUGUGUAGCUUCAUGCCGCUCACCUGGGAACUAAACUGUGAAGGUUUUGUCAUCUAAAAAUAUUUUUUGUGACAAU